AGAGUGUAGAGCAAUGGAGGGAAGACUGGAUGAACAGAGAGCAUGCCCCAGCCUCACGGCAACCCCCCAGUGCUGACAGCGUUGUGUGGAUCCCAGGGCUGGCACAGAGUCUUUCAAACAGACUUGGGGAAGAGCUUCACGUUCUCAGGCUGACCCUGGGCUCAGGUCUCCGUGGUACUAACUCCCAGGCUGAGCCAGGCAAACCAACUCAGGCUGUCCUAGUGCGCGUAUGAACUGAGAUGCAAGUGCUGGCAGACAGGCAUACUCCAGAGGACUAGUUACCCGGUGGGAGAACACUGGGACCCGAGCUCAGGCUGGCUUCCCUAUGCAGCCCUGCUGCCUCCUCCCUCCCUCCCCACCUCUCCAUCCCGCUUGAGGUGCACUAUGGAGGAAGAGGAGUUGAGGAACUGUUCAGGCUACAGAGAACCCAGGACACAGGGUGCCAGGAGAAGGCUGGGCACUGAAGAGCAGAUUGCAGAAGGUUUGGCAGUGGAGGGCUUCAGUGGUUUUGUCAGAUCCAACAUAUUGGUAGGUGCUUGCUAGGACUGAAAGCACGUGACCUUCGGCUCCCAAGAAUGACUGGGCCCUCCGAACCUCAACAAAGACAGGACGGCAGAUAGUAGUAGGGCAUUAAGGUGUGCCAGGGUGUGCUGUGCACAGAAAGCUCUUGGCUGUUCCUUCCCUAGCUGGCCUCUCUAGGACAGAGCUCCGAGGAUCAGGAGGAAGACAAGCUCAUCUAGUCUGCAUGGGUUUCCACCCGCUCUGAAGGACAAAAGCACAGGUGGCACUCUGGUGAAACCCUCAACUUGGGCAGGCUGGGUACAGGGAGCCGAGCCCCAAGUGUGGCUGUGCAGCACCAGUGUCUGCCCCUCAGGAGACAAUUAUUUGCUCUCACAUUCCCGGCGGGGAAGGGGCACUGGUACCCAGUACAUAGUCAGAAUACUGAGAUCUGAGAACUGAGAUGAUGAAGGCCCUGUGUAGGCCCAGAUGGUGCCAGAAGAUGCCCUGGCUAGAGCACUUGGGACCUGAGCAAGGCCCCUCUACCCUGGGUGGCAGCCUGCAGCCUUUUCCCCUGUGGAUGGAAUCACACAGCCUGUGGUGAGGAGCACCAUCCUAGUCCACCGCCCGGAAACUGGAGGCAGAGCUGACGGCUGCAAGCCAGAAGGGCCCUUGGUGAUCAAUGUCCACAGACACAGUACCCAGCGGCACACCACACACAAGGCAUGGAGCGGCCGCAGAGGUGUAUCAGAUGUCUGCUCAGCAGCUCUGCUCCCUCACCAUGGUCAGAGAUCACAAGAUGACUUCCCAUUCCACCUGACAAGACAGACAGACUUGAAAUUGCUUCCCCCCCGGGCUGGCCAUGACUCUUCAUUUCCACGCCGCUGGCUUCUUAAGCACUGGCAGCUGGAAGCCAUCACAGCUACUGCUGUGUCUUUUCAGACUGAAAGAGACAGAUACCAUGAGAAGCCUUCCUGCAGGUCCACGGGGAGUAGCAAGGGCUGGCUGGCGGUGGUAGUGGUGGCACAGUAAACAACUGAGCACGCCUCAGACUCAUCAGUCAACCUUCCUGCUACUUGGGACACUCAGAGAGAACUGUCCUCUGGGUCUGAAGAUUGACAGGGUGGACAGGAUGGCAAGGACUGAGAGCUCUCCUGAAGAUGGACCGUCACAACAUGUCCUGGGUCCGCUACCCGAGCCAUGUGUCCCCGGCUGUGGAGGAAGUCAUUGCAGCACAGAGCAUCAUUUCUAGGUGCACGCAGGUGUACAUAGCAGUGUGCGUCCCACUGAGCCUAGUGAUGGGGCUCUUCAGUCUGAGCGUGUUCAUCUUAGACCGUACUAGGCUGGGGGUGCUGGACAGGCUCCUUGCAGGCCUCACAGCCACUAGUAUCUUGGUGACUCUACUGUCCCUCAAUGCUGCUGUCCGACCCGACUACAUGUCCACGACAAACCUGGGCUGUGGAGCACUCUCAUUCUUCUCCAAUGUCUGCUACUUCAUGGCCCAGUACCUGCAGGGAGCCACGCUUCUCCUGGCCUUCCUGCCGGAAUCUCCCUGCUGCCGGCUCUUGGCAAGGCCUGUGGCAAGCCUAGCUGCCAUUGGGGGCUGUGCUGUCUGUAGCUCCCUCACUGUGGUGUCCCUGCUGGGCACAUCUGGGGAGUUGCACACAACCACCAUGUGCCAGGCGGAUCCGCUGACUGCGUGGCCCGAAUAUGAGAUUGUCAAGUUUAGCCUGGGCUUUGCUCUUGCCCUGAGCUUCCAGAUGGUUCUAUUGCUCCUGUAUGCUACACAGCCAGUCUGGCGAGCGGCUCCUUCUCAAAGGGACACAGCCUCCGGGCGCUGGGUGGCACUGGCCGUGGCUCUCAACAUGCUUGCCUGUAGACUCUUCUUCAAUGCAGUCCUCCUGCAUCGGGCCCAGCUGAAGCUGUGGAAGGAUGUGGGCUCCCCCAGGGAUGAGCUUCUCAUGAACCUCGCAGAGCUGGCCCUGUCUGGAGAGAGCUGCAUCAACGCGGUGGCCAUCCUCUUCCUCCACACACCGUGCAGGCUCAGGCUGCUUGGCCUCCUUGAGCGCCUCACACAGAGAUGCAGACCGGGGCUGGACAACAGCAUGUCCUUGAACAGAGUAGGGGGCUAGAUAGGGUCUGCCUGCUGGCACAGGCCACACCCCUUGCUGUGUUCAGGGAAGACUGCCUUACUAGGGAGCUUGAGCAGGGUUCAUAUGUUUUGGAUGUUUGGCUUGCCUGUAUUCACCUCAACUUAUGCAAAACAAGACAGUUUCUCUUCCCACACCAUCAGUCACACCUUGAGAGACACGGUGACAUGGAUACAAAGGCUGGCCAAAGACCAUGGGUCUGCUGGAGGGUGUCCGGACUAUGACGGCCAUGUGUGGGACUCGUGUGACAGACCACCCUGCCUGUUGGUAGCCACCUUCCACUCAACAGUCCAAUCUUACCACACAGGAAAGGCAUUGUAGAAAUAAACUCAGCUCUCACCUCAGGUCUUGUUUCUUGAGACCAGAUCUCACUGCAGCCUUG